UUUUUUACCGUGCCCCUUCCCUGUCCUCCUCGAAAACCUACGGGCGGGCUGCGCCCGCCGGCGGAGACACCAACCCCGCCCCAGCGUCACCGCGCCGGUAAUUUCCGGGGCAUACGGAUACGGAGAAGAAUAUGCGCGCCCAUUUCCUAGGCGGCGGUAACAAAACACCAACCAAACCCCCGUCCCUCCCUCCGCGGGGUCGCCGUCGCCGAGACCCAGCGCUUCCGCCCUCCGGUUUGUCGCCACGCCCUUGGCCGCGGCGCGGAAUAUGGGCAGUAUUUAAGGCGUCACGGCGCCAAUGGCACACCCCCACCCGGAGGGAGCCCGCGCCUGCGAGAGGAGCUGCCAUUUGGCGCCACGCCGCCGGUUCCUGCACCCCGGACGCCCGCCCGACCACCAGAGAGGUUGAUUUGUCAAGGGCCACAGCUGUUCGAAAAUGGACCCAAAGAAAUCAAUAGAUGAUAAAUUCUCUAAGUUGCAUCCAAGUUUGCCAAUAGACACUAGAAUUGGCAUAGUGGGAGCAGGGCCAAGUGGCUUAUCAGCAGCCUACGCACUAGCUAAACUUGGGUACUGCAAUGUAACCGUGUUUGAGAAAUGCAAGACUGUUUCAGGGAUGUGCGAGUCCAUUGACAUAGAAGGAAGAACAUAUGACUUGGGAGGACAAGUUAUAGCAGCAAACAGUGCGCCUGCUAUAACUCACCUGGCAAAAGAGGUAGGAGCUGAAUUCGAGGAGAUGGAUUCACACAAGCUUGCUCUGAUCGACAGCCAAACUGGAAAUAUUCGAGAUCUUGAAGUAGCUGAGGACUAUGUAUCCAUGGUAUCUCUGACGCUAAAACUACAGGAUGAAGCAAAUAAUUCAGGCCGAGUGGGCAUCCAUGCUCUCAGUGGAUUGGCUUCUGACCCAACUCCUCAGUUUUUGAGGCAGCAUGGGAUAAAUUCAGUUCCGAAAUCUGUAGCAUAUGGAUACACGGCUUCUGGCUAUGGUUUUGUUCAAGACAUGCCCUAUGCUUUCAUUCAAGAAUUCACUAGAACCUCUAUGGCUGGCAAAAUCCGACGUUUCAAGCAUGGCUACAUGAACAUGUGGGAGAAACUUAGUCAGUCAUUACCAUUUGAAGUUCUUUGUGGCACGGAGGUUUUGAGAGUCAGGCGCAGCAGCGAUGGUGCAAGUGUAACCAUUAAGAAGGACAAUGGUGACAAACAAGUUAUGGAGUUUGACAAAAUUAUAUUCUCAGGUGCUCUUGCUUUUAAAAAUGGCAAUACAUAUCGAUCUUCUAGUCUCACUGAUGGAGAAAGUGAAGUGGUGGAACUGAAUGAUCUCGAGAGAGAACUAUUCAGUAAGGUACAGACAGUGGACUACUAUACUACUGUUGUUAAGAUCAAUGGAUUUGAGCACAUGCCAAAGGGAUUUUACUACUUUGGAGAAUUCAUGGAGGAUCCAGCAACAAUAGGGCAUCCAGUGGCAAUGCAAAAGUUCUUUGAUGGCACGGACAUUUUCUUGUUCUGGUCUUAUGGGAAUUCAGCAGACAUCAACGGUUCAUAUGUGGCUAAAUGUGUGACGGACAUCGUGAGUUCUAUGGGAGGCACUGCUCAGAAUGUGCUUUUGCAGCGUCGAUUCAAGUAUUUCCCUCAUGUUAACAGUGAAGACAUGAAAGAUGGAUUCUAUGAGAGGCUUGAAUCUGAGUUGCAAGGCUUUCAGAACACUUACUAUGUCGGAGGUCUGCUAGCAUUUGAGCUUACCGAAAGAAAUGCUUCAUACUCCAUUGCGGCUGUUUGUAAACACUUUGCCAUCGAUGUUGAGCAAACCGUAACUCCUUAUGUCAAGAGACUAUUUUCUCUGUCCCGCAACAGCAACCCUUCACCUCCUAGAGAUCUUGGUGAGCUUGAAGGUGUUGAAUUUCCCGACCUUCCAUCCCUGGAUGGAUACUUGCAAUAUUGGGGAACUCACAGGGUCACCAAGGAAAAUGUCAUCUAUACUUGGAUUAAUGAAGAAGGAAAAAUCAUGAACCGAAGAACCUACCAGGAACUUCAUGAGAAUGCAUCUCACAUUGCACACAAACUAUUGACAAGCAUGAAGCCUAUUAUCAAGCCUGGUGACAGAGUUAUCCUUAUUCACCUCCCAGGUCUGGAGUUUAUUGAUGCAUUCUUUGGGUGCAUUAGAGCAGGAGUUAUACCAGUCCCAGUUAUUCCCCCUGAUCCAAUGCAAAUGGGUGGGCAAGCACUUCUCAAAGUUGAGAACGUCUCUAAAGUGUGCAGCGCUGUGGCAAUUCUGUCAACUUCUUCGUACCAUGCUGCCGUACGUGCAGGUUAUGUCAAGAACAUUGUCACUCUAGCAAAGAAUCAGAAAUGCUCUGCGCAGUGGCCUGACCUCCCGUGGAUUCACACCGAGUCAUGGAUCAAGAACUACCGGCGAAGUCCAGACACCUUCAACUCAGACAAUGCUUUAUCUAUGAUGACCAAGCCCCAGCCAAGUGACUUGUGCUUUCUGCAGUUCACUUCGGGUUCCACUGGCGAUGCCAAGGGGGUGAUGAUAACACAUGGAGGACUAAUCCACAAUGUGAAGAUGAUGAAGAAGCGGUAUCAAAGUACCUCAAAAACCGUCCUUAUCAGUUGGCUUCCACAGUACCAUGACAUGGGACUAAUAGGGGGUAUUUUCACUGCUCUUGUAAGUGGAGGAACUUCCAUUCUAUUCUCGCCGAUGACAUUCAUCAGGAACCCCCUCCUGUGGCUGCAAACAAUCAGUGACUACCAUGGAACCCAUAGUGCAGGUCCAAACUUUGCAUUUGAACUCGUGAUAAGAAGGCUUGAAGCCGAGAAGAGCAAAGUAUAUGACCUCUCUUCAAUGAUCUUCCUCAUGAUUGCAGCAGAACCAGUAAGGCAAAAAACUGUCAGAAGGUUCAUAGAGUUGACUCAACCUUUGGGCCUUUCUGAAGGCGUUCUUGCACCUGGAUAUGGGCUGGCUGAGAACUGUGUCUAUGUUUGUUGUGCCUUUGGUGAAUGUAAGCCGGUCUUCAUAGAUAUGCAAGGAAGAAUUUGUUGUGGGUAUAUUGAGCAAGAUGAUCCAGAUAUUGACAUCAGAAUUGUUGACGCAGACUCUUUGACUGAGCAUCAAGAUGGUACUGAGGGUGAGAUAUGGAUCAGCAGUCCUAGUUCUGGAGUUGGUUAUUGGGGCAACCAGGAAAUGAGCCAGAAAACUUUCUGCAAUCAGCUCAAGAACCACCCCAACAAGAAGUUCACAAGAACCGGUGAUUUAGGGCGGAUCAUUGACAGCAAACUUUUUAUUACUGGAAGGAUCAAAGAUCUAAUCAUUGUUGCUGGCAGAAAUAUUUAUUCUGCAGAUGUAGAGAAGACGGUGGAAAAUUCUUCCGAUGUCCUCCGACCAGGAUGUUGUGCUGUUGUUGGUGUCUCAGAGGAAGUUCUGACUCAGAAAGGCAUCUCAAUUCCUGAUUCUUCUGAUCAGGUUGGACUUGUCGUGAUUGCAGAGGUUAGGGAGGGUAAGACAAUCUCUGAAGAAAUCAUUGACAACAUCAAAACACGUGUGGCGGAGGAGCAUGGUGUAACUGUUGCAUCGGUCAAGCUUAUCAAGCCUAGAACCAUAUCCAAGACAACAUCUGGGAAGAUACGGAGAUUUGAAUGCAUGAAGCAGUUUGUUGACAACAGUCUUAGUUUGGCUAAUGGUAAUCGUCCAUCUAGGAGGAGUCUAUUCCGGUCUCUCACAACAGGAACCGGCAUGGAGAGAAGGAGGUCAUUCUUGAAGCAGACUGUUGAUCCCACCAUCCAUCCCCAGUCAGAAAGCAAAGUGAAAAACUCCAAGCAGAUAACUGAGUUUCUGACACAGUUAGUAUCAGAUCAAUCAGGUAUUCCAAAGGACAAAAUUUCUCCAACAGGAAGCCUACCUUCUUAUGGCUUUGAUUCGAUUGCAGUGGUUCGAGCAGCUCAGAAGCUCUCAGAUUUUCUCGGUAUUCCUGUUGGAGCCAUUGAUAUCUUUGCUGCAAGCUGCAUUUCUGAGCUUGCUAGCUUCUUGGAGAAUUUGUUGAGUAAGUCACAACCAAAGUUGACACAUCAUCCCAACAGCCAGGGGAAAAGCUCGAGGGAGAUCAUUGAGUUUCUGACACAGAUAGUAUCAGAUCAAUCAGGUAUUCCAAAGGAUAAAAUUUCUCCAACAGGCAGCCUACCUUCAUAUGGUUUUGAUUCAAUUGCUGUGGUCCGAGCAGCACAGAAGCUCUCAGAUUUUCUUGGUACUCCUGUUGGAGCGAUUGACAUCUUUGCAGCAAGCUGUAUUUCUGAGCUUGCUAGCUUUUUGGAGAAGUUGUUGCCCAAGUCACAACCACUUUUGCCAUCUGAUGUAUCUUGCUCUACUGAGGAUGAGAGUUUGGUAGAUGUCAGUGCAGAUUUCAGUGUGCUUGCUACUGGGAUUCUCCAACUCCUGGCCCUUACCUAUGUGUGUUUCAUGUUGCUACUUCCAGCAUACCUUGCAAGUUUGGCAUACAUGAGCGUGCUCUACCCGGUCAGUCUGGUUGAAGCAUCAGUGAUGACCUAUCUUGGUUCGUUGGUCAUGGCACCUAUUGCUUGGAUUUGUUAUGUCUUGCUCACCUCCUUAUCAUUGUCUAUCUUGGGGAAGUCACUCCUUCAGCCAAAUUAUGGUCUGACCCCUGAUGUUUCGAUAUGGUCAGUUGACUUUGUUAAAUGGUGGGCACUGAACAAGGCUCAAGGGUUUGCUGCAAAGAUGCUAGCUGUGCAUCUAAAGGGAACAAUCUUCUUGAAUUAUUGGUUCAAGAUGCAAGGGGCUCGAAUUGGGUCAUCUGUUGUUAUUGACACAGUAGACAUCACUGACCCAUCCUUGUUAGUGGUUGCAAAUGGUGCAGUGAUUGCAGAAGGUGUUCUCAUCCAGGGGCAUGAAGUCCGUAAUGAAGUGCUGAGUUUUAGGCGUGUCAGAAUCGGUCGUGAGGCCUCCAUUGGUCCUUAUGCGGUGCUUCAAAAGGGCACCGUUGUGGAUGAUGGUGCUAUGGUCCCACCACUGCAAAAAACUGAGCCAGGGAAAUCAGUGUAUCAGAACAAGAGAACUUCUGCAUACAUGAAGGAAGAAACAGGGAAAGCAAACAUGCUUCUUGAACACCUGGUUUGCAUCUAUGCGGUUGCGGUGCUAGGUGCUCUAUCAAGUGCAACCGUCUACACGUUGUACAUUCACUUCUCUGGCACUGAGGCUUCACCUCAGCACUUCUCUUUUGCAUGCAUUGCGGGCGCGUUCCACUGGUUACCAGCUGCCCUCGCUGCUUACCCUGUGAUUGUGCGGGAGACGCCCACAAGCGCAUUGACAUUUGCUCUCUCCAUCGCCUUCGCCUACUUGAGCUACGGUGUCAUCCUCAGUCUUCUUACAAGUGUGGUCAACACAGCCCUUGCCACAAGGCCGGGAACCAAGCAAAACCACAUGACAAGCUUGAUCCAGCGGCGUAUAAACAUCGCUGUGCACCUCAGAUUUGCAAAGAUGUUAUCUGGAACUGAAGCAUUCUGCAUGUACUUGAGGCUUCUUGGUGCAAAGAUUGGCAGGCAUUGCUCUAUCCGGUCCAUUGAUCCAGUGGCGAAUCCUGAACUGAUCAAUAUCGGUGAUGGGGUCCAUCUAGGUGAUUUCUGCCACAUUGUUCCAGGGUUCUACUCCAGUAAGGGGUUUACUGGUGCGGAGAUAAAGAUCCAGGAGAACACCAUCAUUGGUAGUGGCAGCUUGCUCCUCCCUGGCUCAGUCCUCCAAGGGAAUGUCAUCCUUGGAGCACUUUCUGUGGCACCAGAACAUUCUCUUCUCCAGCGAGGCGGUAUCUAUGUUGGGGCACAAUCUCUGACCAUGGUGAAGAACACCUUGCUUGCAGAAGAUGAGAGGAUUGAAAUGAUGGACCCAAUGUACAAGAAGAUCGUCGGGAACCUCUCGGCGAACUUGGCAAUCACCACCAUGAACGUCAAGUCAAGGUACUUCCACCGCAUUGGCGUAAGCGGGCGGGGGGUCCUGAAGAUGUACGAGGACAUUCCAUCUUUGCUCAAGCACAAGAUAUUUGGCGCCGGCAAGUCUUUUCCAGUAAUCGUUCGACACAGUAAUAGCCUCAGUGCAGAUGAUGAUGCCAGGCUCGACGCGCGUGGUGCAGCAGUGCGCAUUCUCUCCGACGAUGGCGAGGUGCCUCUUCUGGACCUUACUUUGAAGAGUGGCAAAGCAUUUUAUGCACGCACAAUCGCCGACUUCGCCACUUGGCUGGUUUGUGGCUUGCCAGCGAGGGAAGAGCAUGUCAAGCGUGCUCCACACGUCCGGGAUGCUGUCUGGGGCUCCCUGCGGGACACCAACUCGUACACCGAGCUGCAUUACUACUCCAACAUAUGCCGGUUGCUGCGGUUCGACGAAGGGAAGGAGAUGUAUGCAAAAUUCAAGCUUCGUCCAGUUGAUCAAGACAUACCGGAGGAGUCCGGUCAGGUGGUGCCAAGGGGUAUCUUGCCGCCGGAGACCGGUGCAAUCCCAAGAGAUGAGAGUGACACACGCCCUUUACUCUUCCUCGCCGACGACUUCCAUCGGAGGGUGGAAGUUCCAGACGGGGUGCGCUACGUCUUCCAACUGCAACUCAGGGAGGUCCCCUCCGACGACGCCACCUGUGAUGUCGCCCUUGACUGCACGCGGCCAUGGGACGAGGAGGAGUUCCCGUACAUUGACAUCGGAGAGAUAAGCAUCGACAAAAAUCUCCCAGCAGAGGAGACGGAGAUGCUCGAGUUCAACCCCUUCCUCCGGUGCCAAGAGGUGGACGUCAUCCCGGCGUCGUCCUGCAAGCAGAGCGCGUCCAUCGACCACGGGCGCUCGCUGAUUUACGAGAUAUGCCAACGCCUGCGGAACGGCGAGCCACUGCCCGCGUCAUGGGCGGCGUUCCUGGAGCAGUCCGACACCAAGAUCAACCUGUCGGGGUGCCCAGUGGCCGCCGCCAUGCACACAAGAUCCGACACCGCCAAUGCCAGCGAGACCAAGGUGACCCUGGCUAGGACAUGGUACAAGGCGCUCUGGGCCACGCUGUGCCAGCCGCUGCUGCAAACGCUGGUGCCAUACUUCGUCCUGGGCCUGGUCAUCUUCCUCCCAUUCCGGGGCCUCCUUGCCGUCGCCGGGGCCACCGGCACGCAGCUAUACUGGCUGCUGCCGGUCUUCUGGGCGGUGUCGGGGUUGGCCGCCAUGGCGACAUGCGCCGCGGCAAAGUGGGUCCUGGUCGGCGUGAGGGGCGAGGGCGACGCGGUGCACAUCUGGGCGCCGCAGGUGUUCCUGGACACGGUCUGGCAGGCCAUACGGACGGCGACGGCGGAGUACUUCGCGGAGCUGACGUGCGGGUCGGUGCUGUUCGCGGCGUGGACGCGGACGAUGGGUUCCUCGGUGGCCGUGGCGGAUGGGGUGUACGUGGACUCGAUGGGCGCGCUGCUGAACCCGGAGAUGGUGCACCUGGAGCGGGGCGCGAGCGUGGGCCACAACGCGCUGCUGUUCGGGCACGUGUACGAGGGCGAGGCCGGGAAGGUGAAGUUCGGCAGGGUCCACGUCGGGGAGGACGGGUUCGUGGGCAGCCGGGCGGUGGCGAUGCCGGGCGUGAAGGUGGAGGACGGCGGCUACCUGGGCGCCCUGUGCCUGGCCAUGAAGGAGGAGAUCGUCAGGCACAAGCUAUAGGCCGUAAGCGCGAGAAGCAUGCGCAUGCGUGGAUUACUUACUGCUUUUGGUUUCAGCUAGCUGCCGCUCUCUCGGUAUGCCGCCUAUACGUAGGAUCUUGUAGCAGCAGUGAUAAAGAUCAACGGCGACAGGUGGCUGCUAGAAGAAGAAAUAAAUCGAUUGUAGUACGUAGUAUGGAAAUGAAAUAAUAAGUUCAUCACCACCACUAUCGUGGCCGCUGCCUCAGUGCCGUCUCGAGAAGUUGGGAUGAUCACUGGGUCAACAGACUCAACUGCUGACAUACAAAAGAGCAUGGGCAGGUGUAGAAUUAAAAAAAACGAGGCUAUCUAGAACUAGCCCUUGAAGGCAUAUUUUUAUAGAAGAAACUCUAAGCAUCACGGGUCACUUUAUGACUUGAACUCGGGUGGGCUAGAUAGCUUCAUGCUAUCCUAGCCAACUAGGUGACACUCUAUUCUAAAACAAGCAUAAAAUAGAUGCUUCAUACAUGGU